UUCUGCCCCCAGCAAGUGGCGGGGGUAUGCGAGACGCUGGAGGAGAGCGGCGACGUGGAGCGCCUGGGUCGCUUCCUCUGGUCGCUGCCCGUGGCCCCGGCGGCCUGCGAGGCCCUCAACAAGAAUGAAUCGGUGCUGCGAGCGCGAGCCAUCGUGGCUUUUCACGGCGGCAACUACCGCGAGCUCUACCACAUCCUGGAAAACCACAAGUUCACCAAGGAGUCGCACGCCAAGCUGCAGGCGCUGUGGCUCGAGGCGCAUUACCAGGAGGCCGAGAAGCUGCGUGGACGGCCCCUGGGGCCCGUGGACAAGUACCGCGUGCGCAAGAAGUUCCCCCUGCCGCGCACCAUCUGGGACGGCGAGCAGAAGACGCACUGCUUCAAGGAGCGCACGCGGCACCUGCUGCGGGAAUGGUACCUGCAGGACCCGUACCCCAACCCCAGCAAAAAGCGUGAGCUCGCCCAGGCCACCGGACUGACCCCCACGCAGGUGGGCAACUGGUUCAAAAACCGUCGACAAAGGGACCGGGCGGCGGCUGCAAAGAACAGACUCCAGCAGCAAGUCCUGUCUCAGGGCUCGGGGCGGGUGCUAAGAGCUGAGGAAGAGGGCACUACCGAGGUGCUGGGGACCACAGCCUGCCCAGCCGCCAGCCUAUCCAGCAAGGCAGCCACUUCAGCCAUCUCCAUCACGUCAAGUGACAGCGAGUGCGACAUCUAACCUGCCCACACAGCAGGCUCAGAAACAGAAUCCAGUGUACAAAAAGACACAGACAACAUGAAGGAGGGAGGGAAGAGGAGAGACCCACCAAACAAGUCCAGAGAGUUGGAAGCCAGGUGGCCAGGGACUCUGGAUGAGGUGCCUGUGAGAGGGGUGUCAUGUCCGCCCAGUGGCCAGCCGGCUCCACUGGCACCCUCCGGCCACUAUGGCAGGGACCCACCGUGAGGCCCGACCAGCGCUCUGUUCUUUUUGCUUUGCUUUUUCCCAAGGAGAGUGCUGCAAAGAUGCCACCGGAACCUGAACUGCAGACUGAGCACCUGCCCUGAAUCUCUGAAUCUCCCGUGGGUAUUUCAUGUCGAAAGGACGCUAUA